AGCGCGCGCGUCGCAACCCGCCAUCUUAGAAUUAUUUUUUUUUAAUUCCAUAAGACCAACGCAAGGUGUUUGUGAGUGCCAGUGAAAAGUGUUUUUUCUUGUGAUAUCUACUAUGAUAUAGAGUAAAAAUGGCCAACAAUGCACCCAACAGUCCAUUCGAAGGAGUUGCAAAAGGGUUAAAUUCCCCUGAAUUAAAAUCAAACAAAACAAUACCAUUUGUAGACGAUUGCGUUGAACUCGAAGAAAACAAAACACGACCGAAACUUGAUUUACGAAAACAUGAGAUGGAAAAUGUGAAACCCCAGCAGCGGAAAGAGGACAAAAUACACGCCAACGAUUUAGGGGCAGUUCAUACACCUAACAGUGAUACUAUAGUAGUUAACACUCCAGAAGGGACCUUGUACAUUACUUUGGACCCUGAAUCUAAGUCUAGUCCUACAAGCCCUAACACCCAGUCUACUGAUGUAUCAGAAUCUUCUCCAAGCACGUCGAAAGCAUUCGGUGCGCAGGAAUCAAGUGACAUGACAGUUAUGGAGAAGGAAGUAGAACAAAGAAGAGCGGGAUUAAGAAGGAAUUCGAUAUCAAUGCCGACAUUACAGAAUUUAGAAUCGGAAGUCUUAAAGCAACACUACUUAAGCAAUCCAGAGGAAGGGAUACCUGAGCAUCAUCAGAGCACUGCUUCUGGCUUCAGUGAUGGCAAUGGUGAUGAUAGCAAUGUGGUAUCCGAUGAUGAUAGAGUCAAGUCACCGCUUCGGUCGCCGCGGCGGAAGGGGGCGCGUCGACUGGGCCGCUCCGAGUUCAGUAUGGAUGACGACGACUACUCCCCAAGCAAUUCCGUUACCUCAGUCAAUUCGCUCGCCAGCUUGUUAAAGGAGAAACUACAGAGUAUCCCACAGAAGAUGCGUAAGAAACCAACAGACUACAAGCUGCGGGCGUUCGUGGCUCUCAUGUUCCUAGCGGUAGUCUUCUUUGUCAGCUUCGCGUAUGUGCUGUACCACCAGCAGGCUCUCACCAAGGAUAUCGAGCCAACUGACUGCUUUGACUGGAGCGACACGAAGGUCCACUGGUAUGGAGGCGGACAGUCACUAAACCUGACCUGGCCGGUCAACACUGGCCUCAUUGACUUCACGCCCUUCAUCACUGGUGAUAUACAGAAAUCACAAUGGAGUAAUGUUUUGACUCGCUACUUUAUAAACUCUAAAGGAGCGGCUUUGAUCAUUGAUGAAGAAACGCCUCUGCACAUCGCCAUUAACAAUGGAAGGAAAGAGAUUUGUCUCAAAGCUAAAUAUGAUGAUUUUGCAUUCGUAAAUAAAGUUACAGAAUUUCCAGAACUACGAUACAAUAUAUGCACAUCCAAAGAUAUGAAAUCUCUUCAUUCCUCUAUACAUAGCCAUAGAAGGGCACCCUUGUGGGACGGCUUGAAACCUAAGGACAUGCAGACUUUGGAAUCUUUAAUAUCAGAACCCGUUUGGCAAAUCGCACCGAGAUUCAAACACGAAUUAAACGCAGAAACAAUCUCGAAAUACACCGAGGACGUAAUUAACUUGGGUUUUCUAAAACAAGGUCACGUGUUAAUCAACGAAUUCUGGCAAAACGAAAUCGGUGAUUUCACCGUCGAUAAAUCUCGCUUCGAAACACUGAAUGUAACAGUCGAUAAGUUGCAUAGAAGAGGAUUCAAAGUGACAUUUACGGUUCAGCCCUUUGUAAGCACGGAGAGUAAGAAUUUUGCCGAGACUGUACAAAAAAGAUUGCUCGUUAACGAAAGAAAUGGUGAUCGUCGAAUUCCCGCACUGACGAGAUUCAAGUCCUCCCCCAGCGCCGGCGUCAUCGACAUCACCAACAACCGAUCUGUUCCUUGGAUACUUGACAAGCUGCAGGCGGUCAUCGACGAAUACUUCAUAGAUUCAUUCUAUUUUGAUUUAGGCACCGCUUACGAUAUGCCGCAUUACUACCAAUGCGAGAAGCGAUUGAUAAACCCUGAUCAAUACAAGACAAUAUUUACAAAGACGUUUGAAAAGUCUUUGGAUAUAAUAGGUGUGUCCUCCGCGGUAACUCUACCAAGGCCACCGAUAUUUGUGUCCUUGCCUCCGUUUGAAUCGACUUGGCAGGCGCUGAGGCAAGUUAUACCGACGAUGUUGACGUACGGAGUGAACGGGUAUCCAUUUAUAAUGCCGGGGGCGGUGGGCGGGGACAUCUACUGGCCUGGCAGCGAGCAGUUCCUACCAUCAUCGAAAGGAUUAAUGGAAUCUAACGCAGCGAAUUCGACGCAAGAGAACGGAAUAGAUUUACCUGAAAGGGAGUUAUACAUGAGAUGGCUGCAGAUGGCAACAUUCUUGCCGGUGAUGAAAUUUACUCAUUUACCGAGUAAAUAUAACGAUGAAAGAGUGUUAGAAAUGGCGAAGAAUUUAACUUUAUUGAGGCAAAAACUGCUGCUGCUAUGA